AUGUCUACAAUGGAAGCGUUAGGUAUCGAGCUUGUUUCAUUGCAUGAAGCUAUUAUGCGUACAGAAAUUAAUUUUAAGAAACUCGCAUGCGACAAGAGAAAUGAGACAACUAUUAGAGGUCGUUUAGAAUGGCUAAAAGAAAAAUGGCAUCGAUGCUUAGAACUAGACUUAAAGGCUAGAGCGCUCUAUACGCUGGAAGAAAAAAAGACCAUAGGAUAUUUUUCUGAAAGUCAAUUUCUGCAAAUUGAAGAAGCUUCUCUUGCAGCUCUCGAUUAUUUAAAUUCAAAUAUGCAUACUUUUGUCUCAAAUGUUGCGGUAGAAGCUAAACAACCGACGCAAGAAAACGUUAAUCAGCAAAAUUAUACUAUUCCCAAAUUACCUAAAAUUACGUUGCCUGAAUUUUCAGGCAAUUAUGUUGACUGGGAAAAUUUUCGUGAUCUGUUUGAGGCGUUAAUUGUUAAUAAUAUGUCUUUAUCUAAUGUGUCACGUUUACACUAUUUGAAAUCUUUGUUAGUAGGUGAUGCUAGUCAUGUCAUUAAACAUGUGACAGUGACCGAUGCGAAUUUCACUACUUUUUGGGAGACAAUUAAAAUUCGCUACGAUAAUAAACGCGCUCUAAUCAAUGCUCAUUUGCAAGCAAUCGCGACUAUACCGAAUGUAUCUAACAAUUCUGUGGUGGAAUUAAGGGUGUUACGUGAUUCUACAAAUGAAGCGUUUACAUGCUUAAAAAAUUUAAAUCGACCAACUCAGCAUUGGGAUGAUUUUAUGGUGUUUUGGAUAGUGCGUAAAUUAGAUAUGUCAUCUUUGAAGGAAUGGGAGAUGCACUUGGGAUCUGAAACUGACUAUCCUACUUUCAAAAAAUUAGAUGAUUUUUUAGCAACACGCGUUCGGACUUUAGAAGCGAUUCAGUUAUCAAAAGGUAAUCUACCAGAAAAGGGUAAAAUUAACAAAGGACAAUCAGUUAAAGGUCACAAUGCCUUUACCAUUUCAAAAUGCUUAAUGUGUCAAGAAAAUCAUCACUUAUUUAAAUGUAAACAAUUUAGAGAAUUAUCUAUUGAUCAACGCAAGGAACUCGUGUUACGUCAUCACUGUUGCCUCAAUUGUCUGACACCAGGUCAUAAACCUUACAACUGUUCUAGCAAGUAUACAUGUCGUAAGUGCCAUCGUAAACAUAACACAUUGCUACAUAUUGAAUUUAAAUCUAAUUCUAAUUCUAUUGCUACAAUGCCGGUGUUGACUUCCGCCAACACUCUUGCAAUCAGUUCUCCAGUGGCCGGAACUAGUAAUACGGGCUUAGUAAUAAAUGAAAUAUCGGAUAGCCCUCCGCUAAAAAUACAGGGAGCCCAUCAUACGAAUCUCAAUGACGCUACAGUUUAUUUUUGGAAUAAUAAAUGCGAUCUUUCACGCUCUACUUUGCUCGCAACCGCCGUAGUAAACAUACGAGCUGAUAAUGGCCGGGUUAAUGCCUGUAGAGUUCUACUUGAUCAGGGCUCGGAAUGUUGUUUUUUAUCUGAAAGAUUAGUGAAAAUUCUUAAUCCGAAGUAUCAAAGGGUGAAUGCUUUAGUUUACGGUGUAGGAGGUGAUAUGAUGGGUGCCGCGAAAAAGUUAGCUCAAGUAGUACUUUUACCAAAGAGAGGUGUGAUCGAACCUGUAUUUAUGCAAGCUUUAGUGUUAUUGCAUUUAACGUCUUACACCCCACCUGUAAGACCGGGGGGAGGAGUUGAAAAGGAAUUAAAAGAACUUUCCUUAGCAGACCCUGAUCCAUUUGGCUCAGAAGCCAUAGAUAUGAUUCUAGGAGCAUAUAUAUUUGGAUCAUGUCUCUUACCAUGGCUUAAAUAG